GGAAGCCGAUCAAAAAUAAAACGAUUCUAACCUCAAAAAACCCAACACCGUGCUUUUAUUGGCGAUCUCAGGCGAACAAACAAUGUUCACGUGUUUAUUAAACUGAAAGGAAAUGAAAUAAAAAUAUCAAUAUGAGUAAGUUAUAUGUUCUUUACGAACAUAGCGCGGGCUUCGCCCUAUUCCGAGUUGCUGAAUUCGAAGAGUUGGCUGCCUUUUUGCCUCAAGUAGAAGAAUCUGUCACGGAUUUGCAAAGAUUUAAUUCAGUCGUGACUUUGGUAGCAUUUCAACCCUUCAAAUCUGCAGUUACGGCUUUGGAAAAUAUCAAUGCUAUCUCUGAAGGUAUCGUUUCUGAGGACCUGAACUUAUUCCUGGAAGGAGCGUUACCUAAGAAGAAGAAAAGAUCAAAAUGCACUUUGGGGGUGCUAGACCCCAAACUGGGGGCAGCAAUCAGCGAGGCAAUGGAAAUACCAUGCUCACACACCGGCGCUGUCCCGGAGAUCUUGAGAGGCAUACGCUACCAUUUCCACGCACUCAUCAAGGGCUUGACUCAGAAGGCUUGCAGCGUCGCCCAACUGGGUCUCGGGCACUCGUACUCCCGGGCGAGGGUCAAGUUCAACGUGCACAGAGUAGAUAACAUGAUCAUACAGUCUAUAGCGCUGUUGGACCAGCUGGAUAAGGAUAUAAACACAUUCUCUAUGCGGAUCAGAGAAUGGUACUCUUACCACUUCCCGGAGCUUGUGAGCAUCGUUCCAGAAAACCACUUGUACACGAAAUGCGCUGAAUACAUAAAAGACCGGAAGACCCUCUCCGAAGAAUCCCUGGAGCCACUGACCGAGAUCCUCGGGGACUCGGAGAAGGCCCAGGCGAUCGUUGACGCUUCAAAGAUGUCCAUGGGAAUGGAUAUAUCGCCCGUGGAUUUGAUCAAUAUACAGAUGUUUGCGGGGAGAGUUGUAGCGUUGAGUAAUUACAGGAAACAAAUAUCAGAGUACCUUCACACGAAGAUGAACAGCGUCGCUCCUAACCUGACCACGCUGGUUGGAGACCAGGUCGGCGCUCGGCUCAUCUCCAAAGCCGGCUCCCUCACCAGCCUCGCCAAAUACCCGGCGUCCACGCUUCAGAUUCUUGGUGCUGAGAAAGCACUGUUCCGGGCUCUGAAGACUCGCUCCAACACUCCCAAGUACGGUCUUCUCUACCACUCGACCUUCAUAGGCCGAGCUGGUGUCAAGAACAAGGGGAGGAUCAGCCGGUAUCUGGCCAACAAGUGCUCGAUAGCCAGCAGGAUUGAUUGUUUCUCUGAAAAUCAGACCACGGUAUUCGGCGAGAAACUUCGCCAGCAAGUCGAAGAUAGACUGAAGUUCUACGAGACUGGUGAUAUUCCGAAGAAGAAUAUAGAAGUUAUGAAGGAAGCCAUUGAGGAAGCCACUCAAGUGGCCCAGGACGCCACCGCCAGCGCUAAGAAGAAGAAAAAGAAGAAGAAGAAGGAACAAGAAGAGACUAUGGAUGUGGAUUGAUUAUGUUUUCUUUUUAAUACAGAUAUAUGUGUAACUAGACCCUGUUAUUCACUUGCCUUAAGAAAAUUUCUUCCGCUCAGUUUUUCUCUAUGGUUCCUUUCAGUCAGAUGACAGUAAAACUUCAGUAAUAAAUACAUACAUACAUAUGGUCACGUCUAUGUCCCUUGCGGGGUAGACAGAGCCAACAGUCUUGAAGACUGAAUGGCUAGCCCAUCGCCUAACAAAGAAUCCCAAGUUUGUAAGCCUAUCCCUUAGUCGCCUUUUACAACAUCCAUGGGAAAGAGAGAGUAAUAAAUAAUUGAUUGCAUACACGUCGAUAUAAUAUGAUUACAUUUAUGAUAAUGAUUGAAAUGAAUGGUGACAUUGACAUUUUGUAAUUGAUGGUAGAACCAACCCAAUCCUAGUGGGAUUAUCAAACCGGUAAGACCAUAGAUAAUAACUCAAAAAAUCGACAAUAGAUAAUUCAUACAGUACAUAUACAGUGAAAUUUUAUCUCUAAUGGUAUCUAGUUACAUUUAUGUCUGUAAACCAUAGUCUAAAUAAUGACUAUGAAAGAAAUAAUUAUUAUAGUUUAUUAUGAAAAUAACUGACAAUGUUUUUUACUAAGUUAGUUAAGUGAACUUG